UUUGAUAAAGAAAAUAGAAGAACGAAAUAGAACCCUGAUUUCAAGAAAAUAGAACCCUAAACACAAUCAAAAUAAUUUUACUCCUCUACUGCUUUUUCCGUUCGCCGCCGUUGCCAGUGUUACCGGACCCUUCGAUUAUUUUCUUCGUCGGAAAUCUUCAAUCAUUAACCUUUUAUUUACCCGCAAAUUAUUUUCACUCAUCUUUUGCAAUUACAUCAACAAAUUCUCGAAUUUUGAUGAAUGGAAUGCAUCCAAGUUGAGUAUAGUGGUGUAAACUUUUUUGAAGUAGUUAUGUUGAACUAUAGUAAGAUCAAGUCAAGUCUUGAUUAGUGCAUUUUAAACCAUUUUUUCAGAUAAAUCAAGAAAUUCGGUUUUGAUGGAUUUGUUCAAAAUCGAACCUAAGAAUCUUGACUCGAGUAUGUCAUCAUCUUCCGAAGCCAUCAAUAUUCCACCGAAGAGAGUUCGUGUGGAGUUCAAUCCCGAUGAUCUCAUUGUCGAUCCCGGGGUUCGAAACAAUAUUGAAAGUUACGAUGUGGCAAUUAGAGAUCAAGUUAGGAUGGAGUACUUGUCAAGAGGUCCGUGUCAACCAUAUGAUUAUGGAUUUCCUAAGAAAAAACAAGGGAAAAAUAUGAGAAGUUUCCAAGAAUCAUGGUUCAUAAGAUUUCCUUGGUUAGAAUAUAGCAUUGAGAAAGACUCUGCAUAUUGUUUUUAUUGUUAUCUCUUUGCUCGUCCUACUUCUAGAAGUGCAGCUUUUACGAGUAAAGGGUUCAACAAUUGGAAAAAGGCAAUUGAAGCUUUUAAUGAACAUGCCGGCGGAGUAAGCAGUGUUCAUAAUAGUGCAAGAUGUGAUAGUGAGGAUUUUCAAAAUCAGCAGCGAAGCAUGUCGCUUGCUUUGAUAGUUCAAAAUCCUGAAACAGAAGUUACAUAUCACAUGCGUUUGAAAGUAGUGUUACAUGUUGUUCGCUUUCUUCUAUUACAAGGUCUUUCAUUUCGUUGUGAUGGAUUUGGUUGUGAUGAGUCUUCUAUCUUCCCAAACAAGGGCAAUUUUCUAGAGAUGAUGAUAUGGUAUGCAGAUUGCAAUGAAAGUGUGAGAAACAUUAUCGGUGAUAAUGUUGACGAUUAUAACCAAAUGACAUCUCGCCAAACUCAAAAAGAAUUGGUUAAUUUGUGUGCUUCACAAACAACAUCCGUCAUGCUCUCUGAACUUGGAGAUAGUAAUUUCUCUAUUCUUAUUGAUGAAAUCUGUGAUGACUUUGAGCAACACAUGGUGGUAAUUUUGAGGUUUGUGAAUAAAAAUGGUGAAGUAAUUGAAAGGUUUCUUGCCAUUGAGCCUAUUAGUGACUUUUCUUCUGGUUCUUUAAAAGCAAUUUUGGAUGCAUUAUUUGCUCGACAUGGUUUAUCUAUUUCUAGAUUACGUGGUCAAGCAUAUGGUGAAGUAUCCAAUAUGAGGGGAGAAGUUUAUGAGUUGAAGGCUCUUAUUCAAAAUGAAAAUCCUUUUGCCUUUCAUUUUCAUCACUUUGCCCAUCAGUUACAGUUGGUGGUUGUUUUUGUUGUGAAGAACAUCUUUGCUGUUUGGGACUUAUUUACUUAUACAACUAUGAUUGUGAAGACAGUUGGUGAUUCUUCUAAAAGAAGAGACCCAUUACAGCAAAAAAAACAUGAGGACAUCUUAAAGAGAUUAGAGGCAGAUGAGAUUUUCUUAGGAAGGGACAAAUAUCAAGAGACUAAUUUUGUGAGACUAUGUGAUACUCGUUGGGGUUCAUAUUAUGUAACUUUAAUCCGGUUGAUGUCCAUGUGGGAUUCUGUCUUGUGGGUGCUUGAAGAAGUUCAUGAAGAUGGUUCUAUUUUUGAAAAUUGUGAUUCAGCUGGCAGUUUGAUAGAGAAGAUGGAAAGUUUCCAGUUUGUGUUUGUUUUGCAUUUGAUGGUUAAAAUAUUGGGUACAACAAAUGAUUUAUCAAAUAUCUUGCUGCAGAAUGAUAGGAGUAUUGUUAGUGCCUUGAAGCUAAUAGAAGCUUUGAAAGAAGCGUUACAAAAAUUGCGAGAGGAUGGGUGGGAUGCUUUGUUACAAGAAGUUGUCAUCUUUUGUCACAAGAUGCAUAUUCCGGUGCCUGAUAUGGAAGAGCAAUUACCACGUUCUCGGCGUCGGGAGCAAUCAGUAACCUAUUAUCAUCAUUAUCACAAUGAGGUUUUCCUUGCAGUGAUUGAUUUGCUUGUUGUAGAGGUGAAUAAUAGGUUCUCUGAAACUAGCAAUGUGCUGUUAGGAUACAUUUCAUAUCUCGAUCCAAGAAACUCUUUUGCUAGAUUUGAUCAUCAUAAAUUGAUAUGCUUUGCUAAGCUUUAUUCAGAUGAUUUUUCUUCUACCGAUUUAUUCAUCUUGAGAGAUCAACUUGAGACGUACAUUUGCGAUGUGAGAAAAAGUUCUGAUUUUACGAAUUGUCAUGAUCUGGCUAGUCUUGCAAUAAAGAUGGUUCAAACUUCCAGACACUUAUUAUUUCCAUUGGUUUAUCGCUUGAUUGAGUUGGCUUUAAUUCUACCGGUGGCUACGGCAUCCGUUGAGAGAGCUAUUUCAUCAAAAAAGAUUAUCAAAACAGAGUUAUGCGACCUGAUCAAAGAUGAAUGGAUAAAUGAUAGGAUGGUGUGUUACAUUGAAAGGAGGAUAUUUGAUGCAACCGAUGAUGAAGACAUUUUACAGCAUUUUCAGAAUAUGCAAUGUGGCUGAAAUGGUGAAGCUUUUGAUUAAAUUAUGUUAUGAUUAUUUUUGUUUAGAUUUUCCUUUAAGUGAUGAGUUUUUUGAUUUGGAAGCUAUCUGCCUCAACUUAAUGAAGUUUUAAUAUCUUUUAUUUGGCUUCAUUUCUGUUGGCAAUUUGGUUAUCUGUAUUGCUACCCGAUUUUGGAAUUAAUAUGUUUGACAUGUGUUUAUUAGUGGAUUAACUGAAUCUUCUAUAUAAAAUGUGGAUAGCCUCACAAAUUGUACUGUCAAUGGUUGACGAUGAGUACAGUAGAAGAAGUGUUGUUUCAUAACAUGCCAUAACAACUGUUAAUUCACUCGUCUUUGUCUAUCUAUAAAAUCUCUAGAUGUUUAUCUGUAAAGGUUACUUCUUCUUCCAGUUAUGACAGGCCUCUCAAAAGACAUGUUGAUGAAGGGAAGGAAAGGGACAGACCAAAACCUCCUCUGUUUAUAAUAGGUUGUUUCGCAAUCUGUAACUGUCAUUGCUCUCAGUAGUCUUUAUUUUCGUCGAUGUUUUCAUGCUUUUUAUGCAGUUGUGUGGAUUUUUUUGGAGAAUUGAUAGUCCAUUGAGUUUUAUUUUUUUCAAUAAAAGUUCUGCAAUUUCAUCUUUUUAUGCUUUGCAGAUAGCAUGGUUAUGGAUGCUGACAUUGAUCAUUGUGAAGUUUGAGGGUUACUUUAAAAUGAAAUAUCGAAAGCCUACAAGGAAAAGGCAUUGGUAUUGCACCCUGAUGACCCAAAUGCUAAUGCUAACUUUCAAAGGUUGAAGUCUUCAUAUGAGAUUCUCGAAGACGAUAAAGAACUAGUUUUCUUUUAGAAGUUUUGCGUCUGGUACUAAAGUCUGACAUAGUGAAGUUGUGUCUUCACGUUCAGGUGAAGCAAUGCUAGAUUCUAGUCAUUGCCUCUUUGAUCUCGAACUAUGGAUAAAAAAGUAAAAAAGCUGAACUGCAAUUUUAUGACAGCAGCAUAGAACUAUUCU